UUGCGAGAUGUUUCUGGAAGCGCCAUAUUUAUUAAUUGAGUAUGGAGGCCGGAGACUGGUUCCGUGAGUUUUUGGAAGGUGUAAUUGCAGAGCACAGAAUAAACCGUUAUUGUGUAUUACGUUUUCUGAUAGUAGAAAAUGGUGCUGAUAGAACUUGACCAAAAUCCUACUCUCCCGAAACCCUCUUCUUCUUCCUCCAGUACGACGGCGGAUUCAGCUCCCAAUCCCGACCACAGGGACGCCGAAGACGGCUUCGAAACGGCUAGCGAUGGAGAACUCGGAGACAGCGACAACGAUGGCGACGAGGACCACCAUCACCGACUCCAGGCACAGCAGCAGCAACGACAAUCUCGGCAACACCAAGAAGAAGACCAACUGCAACGGGAAGAUGAACAAAUUGUUUCUCAGAACGAUGAUGAGGAGCUCAGACAGAAAGCAUUAGCACAAGCUAAUGAUGCAAAAUUAGAAGGCAACAAACUUUAUGUUGAUGGACAGUAUGAAGAGGCAUUAUCCCAGUAUGAGCUUGCUCUACAAUUUGCACCAGAGAUGGCUUCAUCUGUGGAGAUACGUUCCACAUGCUACUCAAAUCGUGCCAUAUGCUUUUUAAAGAUGGAAAAAUAUGAGGACACAAUCAAGGAGUGCACAAAAGCAUUGGGAUUAAACCCUUCAUAUAUGAAAGCUCUGGUAAGAAGAGCUGAGGCUCAUGAAAAACUUGAGCAUUUUGAAGAGGCUAUUUCUGAUAUGAAGAAAAUCUUGGAGCUUGAUCCCUUUAAUGAUCAAGCCAAGAGAUCCAUUCGUCGCUUGCAGCCACUUGCUGAAGAGAAGCGAGAAAAGUUGAAAGAGGAGAUGAUUGGAAAGCUAAAAGAAAUGGGCAACUCAUUGUUGGGCCGUUUUGGAAUGAGUACUGACAACUUCAAAGCCGUCAAAGAUCCAAACACUGGCUCCUACUCUAUUUCAUUUCAACGAUAGAUUUUGUGCAUGAGAUUUUUACAUCCAUAACAAGGUUCCAAGAAUAGCAGCUGUCUAUACAAUUAUACAUGUAGCUAGAGAGGGGCAAUAUCUUCGUUGCAGGAUAAAAUGAUACAAGUAAAUGAAGAGUGGACAAAUUAUGGAUUUUGUGGAAUUGGUUUUAUUUUGUUCAUGACAGGGGAAACUAGUGCUGAUGAUAUUGUUUCUUUUCAUGAGAGUUUCGAUUAACGUGGAUUGAACUAGUAUGACAUCUUCUGUGAUUGUUUUAUUUGUUCCAAGUUAAAAUUCGGUUGAUGCUUUUGCUUA